UCACCAAACGUCAACCAAAAGCUCUCCAGAAGCUGACUAGCAAGUCACUAGAAGGAGCUUGCCAGAAGUCCACCAGAAACUUGCCAGAAACACAGGAGAAGUUUUUCAAAAGUCCACCAGAAACUCAGCAGACAUUUACUAGAAGCGCAGGAGAAGCUCGCCGGAAGUCCACCAAAAGCUCUGACUUGGAAAUCACAAGAAGUGCUGCAGAAGCUCUGCAGAAGCGCAGGAGAGUCUCGCCAGAAGUCCACCAGGAACUCACCAGAAGCUCCGUAGAAACCCACCAGAGGCUCGUCUUCCAAGCAAGCAUCAUGGCGGCAGGCGUCAUGAGGAGCUUCCUGGUCCAGGCUCCGUCCCUCGACUGCUUGCCCAUCAUCUUCCAGCAUCCUCCAUCCAAGGAGGAAGAGCAGGAGGUGGGGAGGCUUGAGGAGAUGGAGAAUGAAGAGGAUGAAGACCUGGAGGAAGAAGAGGAGGAAUGUUUGGAAGAAGUUCCUCAUCACGCUUUGGACGUCACCAAGCAGCUGCUGAAGUUCGCCGACCUCAUCAGUCGAGACGUCCAGCGGUACUUCGGCCGUCGUCACGGCGACCAGGAGACGUGCGACAUCUACGACGACAGCGUGUCCGUCACCACCGGCGGCCGUCUGCGUUACUACGACGACCUGCUGAGACUGGCCGGGUCUGGAAGCCCAGAGGAGCGAGACGACACCUCUCCCAGGACUCACCAGGACCAGCGGGGCUCCGGUCUGGGCCCCCUGGCAGAGCUCUUUGAACACAAGGGUCCCAGUCAGGGCCCCCCCAUGAACAAGAGACGGCUGCCGCUCAGCUUCUGGACCCCGCCGGACCCCCCACAGGGUGACCACACGCACUUGCAGUACAGCCUGCUCACACACACCCUGGACCACUCUCCGCCCGACUUUAGCGACUUGUUGGCCCACUGGGACCCCAGCCUCGAACUCACUGGCGCUCUGACGCACGACACUAAUAUGGACCAUUGAACGCACCGUCCAUAGUAGGGCUGUGGCACUAUGGGAGUAUUUUCAUUAAAGGACAUCAUUUCUUCUAAAUCUUAAUUUUAUUUUUUUACUCUUACUGCUACUUUAGCAUUUUAAAAAUAAUAAUAAAUUGCACUCAGUUCAAUCUAAAAAUAUUGCAAAAAAAUAUUUGCAUUUCUAAAGGACAUCCAAAAAAUGCAAUCAAAUGGACAAAGAUGAAAAAAAAUGUUAAUUAAUCUUAAUUUUUACUUUUAUGAAAUUUGACUUUACAUGUUUUUUUUUAAUCCUUUAAACCAGGGGUGUCCAUAGUGUGGCCCGCGGUACAAAUUCUCAAAACAUAAUUCGACAAGAAAACUAGAAAAAAAAGCAAAAAUGGAAAAAUCAGCAGUAAUCUUACAAGAAUGAAGUCAUUAAUGUGAAGAGAAAAAGUUGUAAUAAAAGAAAAAGGCGUAGUUUUACGAGAAUAACGUAAAUAUAACGUUUUUUAUGUCACAGGUGAUAAUAUUGUGAGAAUAAAGUCCAAAUAUGAUGAAAAUAAAUAUAAUAUAAUAAAAUAAAUAAAUAAAUUGAGAGUCGUAUGGGAAUAAAGCCAUCAUAUUGCAGGAACAUUUACAACAAAAGUUGAGAUACUUGGAAAUUUAAAAAAAAAACAACAACAGCAUAAAUUAAAGAAUCAGUAGCAAUUUUACAAAAAUAAAGCCAAAAUAUUAAGGGACAAACGUAACGAGAAAAAACUUCCAGCUUUACAAGAAUAAGCUUGAAAUAUUGAAGAAUUGACUGAAGAAGUGACUUUAGUUGCACAAAGUAGAAAUAGUCAAGAAAAAUGCUUUUUAAAGGUUGUGGGAAAAGUUAUAAUAUGGGAAUAA